AUGGUUCAGUCUCAACGGUUCAAUCUCAUCAGUUUACUUCUCUUCAUGUCCUUAUGUUUAAUAGUACAUGCUCGUGUAGUUCUUCACCGUCCGAAUUUGUCCGAUGAAGAUGGUUUGGCUUCUAUGGAUAUCAAUGGCCUAUUGCCGAUCGAAUACGAUGCUGGCAGUCAUCUUGAUCAGCGUCGAGAUGUUUUCGAUCCAAAUGCAAUUCAAUCUAUUUAUGAUGGAGCUCUCAUCCGGCAAAUGAUCAAUCAUCAAAGAAAUAGCAAACGAUCAAAAUUGAACCUCCAUACAAAUCUGAAUUUACCACGAUAUCUUCGCAGUGUUAACUGA